CGACGUGUCCGGCGGCUUAUGAGAUCUUCGCGGCCCAACAACCACGACGACGACAUCGAAAACACUUCUGCCAACUUCGCAUGGUUACGGACCAUUCUUUCCCCCACUCCCACCAUCCUUGGCCGACAACUUAGUGCGCCGUGUAUCGCUCUCACUGAAACACCACCGGCCGGCAUCGCCCCUCAUAUACCACAACGAAACACCAUUCACCGCGUCGUGCUGCCCACCUCACGUGCUCUAAACCUCGACCGACAGGGAACUACCAAACGGCUGCCUUGGCCACCGCCGUGCUACUCUGCUUGCCCGGGCGAGCUAUUCACCACGACCGCACCCAUCCCGGUGACAGCCCAAUGCGCCCCGCGAAUAUCAACUGGAUGCUGCGCUGAGAACGGCAAGCGCGGAGUUCCGGUCACUUCAUCAUGGGCAACAGCUCAUCCAAAGACGAGCGCAAGGCCGGGAGACCGGCUGGCGACAGACAAAAUGCCAGCGCCACGGCGCCACCUUCACAGCAAGCUUCGACAGAACGAUCCGCCGGGCGAGUAUAUGUUCGAAGUAAUGGCAACACGAGCGCGCGGGGCAGCAGCAAUAAUCUAUCCCUCCUUCGGAUAGUGCGGGGAGAUCGAGAUGAGGCCGAUUCUGCACAGGCAGACCGUCCCCGGGAGACGAAGCAGGAGCGGGAAGCACGACGGGCAGAACGCGAACGGCAGGCGCGGAUCAAAGAGCGGGAACGCAGUAUGCGGGAAGAGCAUGUUGAUGGCGGGUAUUUGGUGACAUUGGGCGUGUACGUCGGCGUCGAGGACUUCAACAAGCAGGUCGUGAGACAGCUGCAGAUUGAGCGGAGACUGGCUCCGUUCUGGAAGGGACUCGAUGAUCACUCCGACUCAUGGACAGAAGCACAGCUGGUUGCAGCUGCACGAGGACUGCCGAUCCCCGCUGCAGAUGAAGUGCCUGCAGAGAUGGCAAGAAGCACUUCGCAGGCCUCCAACGAUGCGCGCUCGUCCGAAAUCAACGUCAACAGCUUGACAGUCCCCAUCACAGGCCGAUCACAGUCAUAUCAGUCGGACAGAUCGACGUCCUUAUCAGCGUCACAUCCGGCAUUCUCGACGAAUUCUGGUCCCUCCUCUCCCACCGGCCAAGGCACGUCACUGCUCCGAGGGCGUGCUAAGACGCUCGCAUCUCUCGCGAGCGGGAACAAAAGUCAAUCACCAGAUUCGACCCCUCAAGAAGUGAAGCUGCCGAACGAUCCCAACGUUAAUGGCCAACCGCUUGAAGCUUACCUCUACAAGGAUGUCCUCGAAUGUCCCAUUUGCUUCAUGUACUAUCCUCCCUACCUGAACCACACUCGAUGCUGCGACCAGCCCAUUUGUUCGGAGUGCUUCGUCCAGAUCAAGCGACCGGAUCCGCAUCCACCGGAGCAUGAGCAGCCGGGCCAGCAGCGGCCGCCAGAGGAAGAAGCAGAACAACUGGUGUCGGAAGAAGCAGCAUGUCCGUUCUGCGUGACACCACAGUUCGGUGUGACUUACGAGCCACCGUCUUUCCGAAGAGGUCUGGCUUACGCAAAUCAACCGAACGGGAGCUUGAAGCCGCACGCUUCAGCUAUGUCAUCAUCCACAUCACUGCAAGCGCAGACAGGGCGUCGUAGAGCUACAUCUCUGUCCGCGAAUGCGCCAAAUGUGGUCACAACGGACAGAGUCCGGCCGGACUGGGCCAAGAAGCUUGCAGAUGCAAGAGCAAACUUGCUCAGGAGAUCAGCUGCUGCUACUGCGCUACAUAAUGCAGCCUACGUGCUGAACAACCAAGGAGAUGCAGCUGGUAGAGUUGGAUUCGCCGUUGGGAGGCGGCGACGAACACUGUUCGGUGACAGUCCGAGCGCUAGUGGAAGUGGGACCCCACGAGAAGGUGACAGCAGCGACAUUGCUGGAGGCAGAACCAGCUCGCGGAGAGCUCGUGUUGAAGAUCUUGAAGAUCUGAUGAUGAUGGAAGCAAUUCGGCUGUCGCUGCAAGCGGAAGAGGAGCGAAAAGCAAGAGAGGAGAAACAGGCCGCAAAAGAUGCGAAGAAGAAGGCCAAGGCAGACAAGAAGGAUGAGAAGAAGGCGGAAAAAGCUGCUAAGAGGAGUGGCCGAAGUGGCUCGUUGUACCAAGUCGGGACGAACGACAGCUCGAGCAGUUGGGCUGGAACGAGUGCUAUGGCUCGCUCAACGAGCAACCUGGGCGCACAACCAACGAUACCUGAAGAAGAGAUUCAAGGGAAAGGGAAACAGCCCGCCCAGGACUUUGCUGGAUUCAAUCCUUUGACAGAACCCUCCUCCACACUGAACAACCCUGCAUCGGCGUCCUCGGCGCCAGAAAGCGCACAACAGCAUCUCGAAGCACAGCGAGCGCGAUUCGAGUCGGAAUCUAGCCCGGUUCCUGCGCCAAUGCGUCCCACGCACCAUUUUCGAGACUUGUCAGGCGUCUCCGGAGUAUCGUCCGCUGCUUCCUCUUUCGUUGACUCUGGAGCCAACUCCAACUUCUCUUCACAUAAUGCGAGCGGCUUGGACGUGAGUACCGGCGGCGCUCAGAUGGACGGCACAAGUUCACGAUCUGGAGCUGCCGCAGCAGGUGGCGAGCCUAUGCUCAAUUUUCAAUCCUUGACAGCCAUGAUCGAAUCGGACGACAAGGCUCACUCUCAACAUGUCGAGCAUGCUGGCUCUUCGAGCCCGGCCGCUGAGCAAUUGAAGGAGCCUUCGCCUACUGGAUCCGCACUGCCCUCGCCGUCGCUGCUACCUGGGGAAGGUAACAGAUCACGAGGCGAUAGUGGAGAAUCGUCGAGUUCUGCACCGCCUCCUGUCUAUGUGGAACCUGUCCAGGAAAGUGAGAAGCAGGCAGAUACAGACGCCAUUACCCCUGCUCCCGAGGCUAUCACUGUGCAUAAUCCAGAUCAUAAGGAGCCUUGUAGUGUGCAGUUGAUGGAUCAUGGGCAUGGACAUGGGCAUGUGGGUACGAUAUGAAGCCAUCGCCCUUGAGCCUUCAACGGGAUUCGCCGAGUGCUCCACGCGACAGGCAGGGAGUGAGGAUAUUGUAUUCGUGUGUAUUGUGUAAGACCUCCGAGAGAGCGGGCUCGAGAGGAGACCCGGAGGCGAGCUUUCUUUUCUACUUUUUGUGUUGGUUUUUUUUUUAAGUCUGUCGUCUGAACAUUUAGAUUAAUGGUCCGGGAACCGGAUCGCAUGGCGUUUUUGACAGAGUCGUUUUUUGAGGAUGAGCAUCGGCAUUUUCAUGAAUUUGAGGAGCGAAAAGGGAAAGGGAGAUUGUAUCAAUUGAAGUGAACUAGUUGUCUACACAUGUGAAGGACUUUGAUGAGGGGUGUAGAGAGACGUGGAAAUGGGAUGAAAGUUGAAGGAAACUUUCUUUUGCUGAUGGGGG